AUGAAAUUCCUACAAAUAAGUUCACUUUUCAUUUUCAUGUUUAUAACAUUCAAUUUUGUUUCUGCACAACAAAUACAAAUACCAUCAAAUAUCUCCGCUUCAUGUCGAGCUGAAAUUCAAAAACUUGCUUCAAGCUCGGACCUCAGUAGUUGUGCUUCAUUUAUUAAAUUAUAUGCAUUGCAAAAUGAAACAAUGCAAUUUGCUACUUCUCUAGCACCAAUCUAUGAUAGUUAUUGUGCUGCGCCGAAAUGCAAUGAUAAUACCACUUCUGCUGAUGCGACUGAACUUAAAAGUCAAUGUCAAUCAGAUCUUACUGUGAAAGAUCCUACCGUUACUUACUUAAAAAAUGUUCUUGUUUUCAAUUCUCCGCUAAAGGAUUCUUUGUGUUUCAAGAACUCUUCCGGGGGAUAUUGUGUCUUGGAUCCAAAUAGUGAUUUGAUAUUAAAUUACGUUCUUGGAUUGAAUGCUACUCCUCCUGCUGAUGUCAGUUGUACCGAUUGUAAUAAAGCCAUUUUAAAUACUUUUGCGAAUUACUUUAAAUCUAAUUCUCAAUCCGUGUCUGAAUUGCCGUCUGAUCCAACGUCUUUUGAAAAUACGGUUACAACACAGUGUGGCUCUACUUUCUUAAUGGUGUCUCCAUGCACUCUCCAUCUUUUACUGGCUUUACAAUGUUUACGAACACUAUCAUCGUAG